CUGCGGUCUGUGUCUCUACGCUCGCAGCUUUGACUUGCGCGAGCUGGUGUCGCGAGCCUGCGGGCCGUGGCCGGUGCGUCCGGGUCGGCGGCUGGCGGACGCAGCUUUGCAGGCCGGGGAGGCCGAGGGCCGGGCCGACGGGGGCGGCGAGACCCGGGCCCGGCGCGGCCUCCUAGACCCGGCUUCAUUAGUCCUUCUACAGACUUUUCCUACUGCAGCGGAAGAUGAAUACAGCCUUAGGCCCACUGUCAUUCAAGGAUGUGGCUGUGGCCUUCUCCCAGGAGGAGUGGCAGCAGCUGGACCCUGAGGAGAGGACAACGUACAGGGAUGUGAUGCUGGAGACCUACAGCAACCUCGUCUCCGUGGAUGAGAUCCGGCACGUGAGCAGACUGAUGGAGGAGGACCAGGGAGGUGAAGAGAACCAGUCAAGUUCAGCUGCGUUCAACUACAGAAGCCAGGCCGACGCCUCUAGUAAGGCCAGUGAUGGAGAAACAAAGCCCGUUCCCUCACGGAAGGUCCUCCCUCAGUGCAACUCCUGUGAGAAGAGCCUGAUGUGUAUCUCUGCGUUCAUCCGAAGCGACGGAAGCUACGCAAAACUGCGGCCCAAUGUGUGUGCCGGGUGUGGGAAGCCCCUCCCCCGCAGCCAGCCCGAGGAAGCUCGUCCUGGAGAUGAGUCUUACGAAUUCAGUGGGGACGGAGAUGAAGACACUCUGAGCGAAGAAGGCGUCUAUCAGAAGGCUCACUUUUUGGAGAAGCCCUUUGAGUACGUUGAGUGCCAGAAAUCCUUCCCCAAGGGCACUGUGUUUCUUAAUCACCUGGAAGAGGAGCCCUGUGACUGGAAUGAAUCUGAGGUUGCUUUUCUGCCGACGUCAGACCUCAGCGCCCACCAGGAUUCUCUCAUGGAGAUGAAACCCUACGAGUGCCAGCAGUGUGGGAAGUCCUUCUGCAAAAAGUCUAAGUUCGUCAUCCAUCAGAGGACUCACACGGGGGAGAAGCCCUUCAAGUGCAGUCAGUGUGGGAAGUCCUUCUGCCAGAAGGGCACCCUCACCGUCCACCAGAGGACGCACACCGGGGAGAAGCCCUACGAGUGUACCGAGUGCGGGAAGACCUUCUACCAGAAGCUACACCUCAUUCAGCACCAGAGAACCCAUUCUGGCGAGAAGCCCUACAAGUGUGGCUACUGUGGGAAGUCCUUCUGCCAGAAGACGCACCUCACUCAGCACCAGAGGACACACUCGGGAGAGAGGCCCUAUGUUUGUCACGACUGUGGCAAGACGUUCUCUCAGAAGUCAGCACUCAAUGACCACCAGAAGAUCCACACGGGCGUCAAACUCUACAAGUGCAGUGAGUGUGGCAAGUGCUUCUGCCGCAAGUCCACGCUCACAACCCACAUGAGGACGCACACGGGCGAGAAGCCGUACGAGUGUAACGAGUGUGGGAAGUUCUUCUCCAGGUUGUCGUACCUCACCGUGCAUUACAGAACCCACUCGGGGGAGAAGCCCUACGAGUGUACGGAGUGCGGGAAGACCUUCUACCUGAACUCAGCCCUUAUGAGACAUCAGAGGGUGCACACGGGGGAGAAGCCGUACGAGUGUAACGAGUGUGGGAAAUUAUUCUCGCAGCUGUCCUACCUCACUGUGCAUCACAGAACUCACUCAGGAGUGAAGCCCUAUGAGUGUAGCGAGUGUGGGAAGACCUUCUACCAGAAUUCAGCCCUUUGUAGACACCGGAGAAUUCACAGAGGGGAGAAGCCCUACGAAUGCUACAUAUGUGGCAAGUUCUUUUCUCAGAUGUCUUACCUCACGAUCCAUCACAGAAUUCACUCCGGGGAGAAGCCCUAUGAGUGCCGCGAGUGUGGGAAGACCUUCUGCCAGAACUCGGCCCUCAACAGACACCAGCGCACACACACGGGAGAAAAAGCCUACGAGUGUUAUGAGUGUGGGAAAUGCUUCUCCCAGAUGUCUUAUCUCACUAUCCACCACAGGAUCCACUCGGGAGAGAAGCCCUUCGAAUGUAACGAGUGUGGGAAAGCCUUCUCCCGGAUGUCGUACCUCACUGUGCAUCACAGGACCCACUCAGGAGAGAAGCCCUAUGAAUGUACGGAGUGCGGGAAGAAAUUCUACCACAAGUCCGCAUUCAAUAACCAUCAGAGAACUCACAGGAGAGGGAGCGGGAAUGGGGUUGAUGUGGGAAGGCUCCUUUAAAGCCAGACUCAACCUUCUCAGUAAGCUAGAAACCCGUCUGCAGCUGAGCCCUGAUGUGCAUGGCCCCAGGUAUCUAUAGGCUCCGUCUCUGAGGAUUCUAUCCUCCAAAACUACAUAGGGAAAAGGGUUUCUCUGUGCUGAAUAUGUACAGAAUAUUUUUUGCCUUUCUUCCCUAAGUAGUACAAUAUAACAGCUCUUUAUACUGCGUUUAUAUGGUAUUACGCGUCAUAGAUAGUCUAGAGGCGAGUUAAAGUACAUAGGGUGUGCACAGUCACGAUGUCAUCUUACAUAGGGGCUUAAUCUGCAGACGUUGGUGUCCAGGUGGUCUCAGAACCACACUCCCCCAUACCAAAGGAUACCUCUGUCAGAGAGCUCACGCAAAGAAGCAUGAACAAGUCUGUGUGAGGUCGAUUCAUCAGAAACCCACAGGGCAGGAAGCACAGCUGUGAGAAGAGCACAUAGCAGACUCUACAGGAGUCAGAAUGUAUAAGAUACAUCUCAGCAUAACUUCAGACUGCUCAUCAGGGGUCUGACUCGACUGAAGGAGGGGGGAGCACACUCCUUUGGCAACUGCUAAUACUGAAGGACGUUACGUAAAAAUUAAAAGAAGAGGGGCUGGAGAGAUGGCUCAGUGGUGGAGAGCACUGACUGCUUUUCUAGAGGUCCUGAGUUCAAAUCCCAGCAACCACAUGGUGACUCAAAACAUCUGUAAUGGGAUCUGAUGCCCUCUUCUGGGGUAUCUGAAGAAAGCUACAGUGUACUCAUAUACAUACAUUUUUUUAAAAAAUUAAAAAGAAAUACUCUGCUAGAAAUAAGUACACUCUUUAACUGCAGGAUGUAGAGUUGCCAGUCUGGUUAGCCAAGUUUGCUACACUAAACUGGUAAGUGAUUCCCUAGGGGCACAGGGCUUGGGGGUCUCUUGUUUUUGUUUCAGUAGCCAUCACAGAAAUCUCAUGUUCAGUUUUAAUCAAGCUUGGAAAAGUGUCAUGUUGUUACUUUGUAACAUAUGGUGAGCUUACCCAUUCCAAGGAAGUCCCCCAUCCUGUUGUUAUCUUCAUAUGCACUGUCACUGAAGUUAUGAACUAUGCUUUUUCUCAUAUUCUUCCUUGGGUUUUCAAAUGCAUUAGGUCAUUGUCACAGGAUUCUAUCCUCUGUAAAGAAGCCAGGUUUUUCCCCCCCAACUAUAGCAAAGAUGGAAUAUAUCUAUAAAAUAGAAAACGCUGAAUAGAUAAUUUAAAACUAAGCCAGAAGUCUGUAAAGGUGAGAAACAGCCUUAGCCUCCCUGUACUCUGUACAACUAAGAACCACGCGUAGGAUAUUGUCAUUUCUACACGCCACUGGCUCGCUUGUCUCAGGUGGAUGCUUGUGUGUGAGUAGAACACAGUGUCUGGGUAGCACAGUACGGGCUGUGGUUGUGACUGUGCUCUGCUCUCCUGUCCCCGAAGCGAGCACACACAGAGGACGGUGGCAGACUUCACCCAGUGCCUUCUGCCGCUCCUUCCCCAGCUUUCGUAGGUCGUCUGAGUGCAUUCCUCCUUACAUGAUGGGACGGAACUCCGGGGAUGUUUUCACUGCUGGGGAUGAGCCUUUCUCGGGACCUUGGACCCAAGUCCAGAGAGUUCGAAAAGAUAUCAAAAAUCAUUUCUUGAAAGUGUCUCUCAAAGCAGCAGAACCUUAGUGAACAUCACCUUGUCUGGAUGCGGUGCCUGAUAAUGACUGCCAACCAUGUAUACCGUGUAGUCAUAACAACAGAAAGUAGAGUAACCUGGGACCGGAAUGAUGUCACAGAGCCACUAAAGCAACGUGACCUGUAGCCACUCCGCGUCUGGACUGUGGGUUUUGUUUUCUGUUUUUCUAAGAGACUGUUUCUAAACCAGGUGACUUAGGAACAUUCUGUUAAUAACAACCGGACAGCCUCGUGCCGCAUUACACUUUGUAGGAGUUAUGCAAUUCAGAAGUGGAAUUUAGGUGAAUCAUUUAUUUUGAUGUGUCAAUAGAGAGAUUUAUUGUCUGUAAAUUUGGAUGUAAAUAAUCUGAGCAUUGGAAGUGAACUUGAAACAAUUGUGUAUGCUUCCUUAAGCUGUCAUCAGCCUGUAAGAUGGUUUUCCUAUGUGUUCUAUGUGCACAUCUAUGCAUGUGUGUGGAUGCCCUAGGACAACUUCAAGUGUUCUGUGGGUGCUGAAACAUUGUCUCACUGGCUCCAGCAUUGUGUCAGGAGCCAUCCGUAUGCACCUUCCCAUCAUUGUGGGUCUCCCAAGUGCCCAGCCUUCGGACAUGGGAGCUGAGGGUGGAACCCGAGUCCUGGUCCUCGCUCAGCAGGCAGCGGCCCGUCAGCCACCCACGGCUGCAUCUGACUCUUUCCACACGGGUUCUAGGAAUCACACUCAGGUCCUCCGGAUGGCGAGACAGGCACUCUGCCCACCGAACCCUUGUCUUGUCUUGUUUGAGAUACAGGUGUCACUUUGCAGCCCUGAUAGGCCUUGAACUCAUGGUGGUAAUCCUGCCUUAACCGCAAGUGUGAGAGUGCAAAUGUAAGCCACCAAUCUGACCCGUGUCACUUUGGAAACUGACAACUCCAGGUUUACUCCAUUUCCUAACACAUGACUUUUUUUGGGGUAGUUUAGCUCGCACAUGGCUUAUUGCUUAUAUUAUUUGGUGAUGUAUGGUGUGAGGUAAGGAUCUGAUUUUGUUCCCUUUCAGAUAAUUCUCCUGAUGGCCCAUAUCUUUUGAACCAUUUGUCCACUAUACAAAAUGUCACAUCUCUCAUGUAUGAGUCUCAGCACCCCGCACCUCCCAUGACCUUGUAAAACUGUGAGUUUCUGGACGUCUGAUAGGUGCUUUAAUUUGGGGUUGAAACAAAAAAUUGAUAGCAGAUUUGUUGAAAUGAUAUCUACACAAGGCAUGGUGAUGUAUGCCUGUAAUCCCAACACAUGGAAGACAGAGGCAAGACGAGCAGGCCAGCCAGCCUGAAGUAGAUAGCCACAUACACAGAGGUCUUGCUUCGUAAGGCCUUUCCUCUCUAUACAGCCUUUUAGAGAAACAUAUUCAAGGUGUUGGACAGAUGGCUCAGUUGACGAAGU